UAAAAAAAAGUUAGGGUGGAAUUGGACUUUCAAAAGCACACAGUUAGGAAACAGAAAUCAUAUUUAAAAAAGCAACAACAUUGUUUUCAUUACUCAAGAUUUCCCUUUUAGUUGCAUUUUAUGGUUUAUUUAUAUACAUGGAGGUUUUCAUACGAAACGCGACCCCUAGCGGCUGCGCGUAUAAUUUUAUUAUAGGCAGUCUCUCUCUCUCUUUCUCUCUCUCUCUCUCUCUCCCUCCGCACUGAUGCUGAUUUUUCUCUCCAGCAUCACCAGCAGAGAGGAGGAGGAGGAGGAAGAGGAGGAAGGAGAGGCUGUGUCAGGUGGAACCUGGGACCUCUAUGGAUAUCAUAUCGCUCUCCACCGGCUCCUCCACCUCAGCACCGACUGCGCCUCCCCGCUGCGGCCCCUUUAUCCCCACGCUCCACGCUCCCCGCUGGCCCCUGCUGCUCCUGCGGCUGUCCGGGUGAAGCGUCUCCUGCUGUAACGGCCACCAACCGAGGGAAGACCCUGCUGGAAUAAAAGCGGAGCGCCAACCUCCCCCAUUCAUCCGCGCUCCGCUUAUCGAUCCGAACCGGCCGCAUCUUGGAGGAGGACACAUACGCGCACCGAUCGGCGAGUGGACCUGAAGGGUGUCGUGCGCGAUGGCUAAUGCCUCUCCAGACCUGGACAAUGCAGAAGCCCAGCGCCAGCUCAACAACAACAACCGACCAGCCAGCUCUGGCUUCUGGGAGACCGAGUGCACAAGCUCCAAACUGUUCGAGUGUUCCCGCAUCAAGGCUCUGGCAGAUGAGAGAGAUGCAGUCCAGAAGAAAACCUUCACAAAGUGGGUAAACUCCCACCUGGCCAGAGUCUCCUGUCGCAUAUCGGACCUCUACAACGACCUGAAAGAUGGCUAUAUGCUCACCAGACUGCUGGAGGUUCUCAGUGGGGAGCUCCUGCCGAGACCCACCAGGGGUCGUAUGCGGAUCCACUGCCUGGAAAAUGUCGACAAAGCAUUGCAGUUCCUGAAAGAGCAGAGAGUUCAUCUGGAAAACGUUGGCUCCCACGACAUUGUGGAUGGAAACCAUCGCCUCACGCUGGGCCUUAUCUGGACUAUCAUCCUUCGUUUUCAGAUCCAGGUGAUCAAAAUAAACACAGCGGACAACAGAGAAACCCGCUCCGCCAAGGACGCGCUGCUGCUUUGGUGCCAGAUGAAGACUGCGGGGUACCCUGAGGUCAACAUUCAGAACUUCACCACCUGCUGGAGAGACGGCCUCGCUUUUAACGCCCUCAUACACAGACACAGACCAGACCUAAUAGAGUUCCACAAGCUGACGCGCUCCAAUGCAACCCACAACCUCCAGCAAGCCUUUAACGUUGCCGAGCACCACCUGGGUCUCACCAAACUCCUGGACCCCGAGGAUGUGAACACCGAGAACCCAGAUGAGAAGUCCAUCAUUACGUACGUGGUCUCCUACUACCACUACUUCUCCAAGAUGAAGGCUCUUAUAGUGGAGGGGAAGCGGGUUGGCAAGGUGUUAGACAACUGUAUCGAGACGGAAACGAUCGUCAACCGCUACGACGCUCUGGCGUCGGAGCUGCUGGAGUGGAUCGAGAAGACAAUCGCGAUCAUCAGCAACCAGAAGUUUGCCAACUCACUGACUGGAGUUCAGCAGCAGCUGCAGGCGUUCACAACCUACUGCACUAUAGAGAAGCCCAUCAAGUUUCAGGAGAAAGGAAAUCUUGAGGUCCUUCUGUUCACCAUCCAAAGCAAACUCAGAGCCAAUAACCAGAAACCCUACGUGCCUCAGGACGGGAAACUCAUCUCCGACAUCAACAAGGCGUGGGAGCGACUAGAGAAGGCGGAGCAUGAGAGGGGCGUGGCUCUCCGCAAGGAGCUGAUUCGUCAGGAGAAGCUGGAGCUGUUGGCUCAACGCUUCGACCACAAAACGACCAUGAGGCAAGCUUGGCUCAACGAGAAUCAGAGACUGGUGUCACAGGACAAUUUUGGCUACGACCUGCCUGCAGUCGAGGCAGCGAUGAAGAAACACGAGGCCAUCGAGGCAGACAUAGCCUCGUACGAAGAGAGGAUCGGCGUGGUCAUGGAGCUCUCCUCAGAGAUGGAGAAGGAAGGGUACUUUGACAUCCGCCGCAUCCUGGCGCGCAAGGAGAACAUCCUGGGCCAGUGGAGUCUGCUGAAGGAGCUGGUGGCUGGAAGGAGGACCCGCCUGGAGAAGAACCUGGCUUUGCAGAAGACCUUCCAGGACAUGGUGUACAUGAUCGACUGGAUGGAGGACAUGCAGGCUCAGCUGCUGUCCAAGGACUUUGGGAAGCAUCUUCUGGAAGUGGACGACCUGCUGCAGAAGCACAGCCUGCAGGAAGCCGAUAUAUCUGUGCAGGCCGAGAGAGUCGAGACGCUCAACGCUGCCGCGCUCAAGUUCACCACAAUAGAGGGCUACCAGCCAUGUGACCCGCAGGUGAUCUGUAACCGCGUGAACCAUGUCUCUUCCUGUCUGGAGGAGCUGAAACAGCUGGCGGCUAAACGACGAGCUGAGCUCGAGGAGUCGAGACAACUGUGGGCUUAUUUUCAGGAGCUGGAAGAGUCAGAGGCCUGGAUUCGGGAGAAAAGCUCCAUCCUGGCCUCUCAGGGCUUUGGGAAGGACCUGAGCAGUGUGCUGAGGUUACUCCAGAAACACAAGACUCUGGCGGGGGAGCUGCUGGCUCACCGCUCACUGCUGCAGAACACCAUGAAGCAAGGGAAGCAGAUCCUGAGUGAAAAGAGCUUUGGCGCAGCGGGGAUCCAGGAGCGCAUCAUGGAGGUCAAAGACGAAUGGAAGAAGCUGGAGGACCAGGCUGCACAGCAUCUCAGCCACCUGCAGGAGGCGCUCAACUUCUUCCAGUUCUCCACGGAGACGGAUGACGUGGCGGCCUGGCUGCAGGACGCCUACCGGCUGGUCUCCAGCGAGGACUUCGGUCACGACGAGUACUCCACCCAGUCCCUGCUGAAGAAACACAAAGGCGUCACGGAGGCCAUCGAUAAGCACCGAUUGCAUGUAGUGACGCUGCGCAAACACAUGGUGGUGCUGCCUCUGCGAUACCGAGAACAGGAGGAGGUGCAGGUGCGUUUAGGCGAAGUGGAGCAGCUCUACACGGAGGUCGCAGAGGUCGCCGUACUCAGACAGCAGUGGCUUCACGACGCGCUCGCUGUGUACCGCAUGUUCAGCGAGGUCAACGCCUGCGAGCUCUGGAUCGAUGAGAAGGAGCAGUGGCUGGAGAAGAUGGAGAUCCCGGAGAAGCUGGAGGACGUGGAAGUGGUGGCACACAGGUUUGAAAGCUUGGACCAGGAGAUGAACAGCCUGAUGGGACGGAUCCUGGAUGUUAAUCAGAUAGUACAGCAGCUCCUGGAUGGAGGUCAUCCAUCUUCCACGGAAGUCAGAGGUUGUCAGGAUCACCUCAACUCCAGGUGGAACACCAUCGUGGAGCUGGUGGAGCAGAAGAAAGAUCAGCUCGACUCGAUGUUACGUCUGCAGAAUUACCUGCUGGAGUGUGCUGAGAUCAAGUCCCAGAUCCAGGACAAGAGGAAAGCCAUCGACGCCACGCAGUACAUGGGCAGCGAUUUGGGGGGGGUCCUCGCCCUGCAGAGACGCCUCUCUACCAUGGAGGGAGCCCUGUCUGUCCUGGAGCCCAAACUGCUGCAUCUACAGGAAGAAGCGGAGUAUCUGGCCACGGCCCAUCCCAGUCGGACCAUGGAGAUCCUUGUGCCGUUCGAUGGCAUCAGCGUGGAAUGGGAGGAGCUUAAAAGGACCCUGCAGGGAUGUGAAGACUCGCUGAUGGUGGCCAGCAGGCUGCAGAGCUUCAUACAGGACCUGGACUCCUUCCUCACCUGGCUGGUCCAGACUCAGACGUCUGCUGCCUCGGACCAGCUUCCCAACGACCUGGAAGAGGCGGAGAAGCUCAUCAACAAACACGCCGCUCUCAAAGAGGAGAUCGGACGGUACGAGGAGGACUACGAGCGCCUCCAAGCCAUGAACGAGCUUCUGGAGUCGGAGGACGCCCCUCUGCCUCAGGCCGCCCUGCAGCAGUGGCUCCAGAAGCUCGACGUCGGCUGGAACAAGCUGCUGGAGAUGUGGGAGAGCCGGCGGGAGGUUCUGGUCCAGGCUCACAUUUUUCACCUGUUCCUGAGAGACGUCAAACAAGCCGAGUCCUUCCUGAACAACCAGGAGUCGGCUCUGGCUCACGUGGAGCUCCCCACCACGGUGGAAACGGUCGAAGGCGCCAUAAAGAAACACAAGGACUUCACCACCACCAUGGAGCUGAACCUGCACAGGAUCAAAGCCGUGAUCGAGGCGGGAGAAAGCCUGAUCAGCCAGAACAACAUCUACUCGGAGCGCAUCAGGGAGCGCAUCGACACCCUGGCCAGCAGGGGAAACCAGAACAGGGAGCUGGCUCAGCAGUGGCUGGAAAAGCUGAAUGACCAGUGGGAACUUCAGAGAUUUCUCCAAGACUGUCACGAGCUGGGGGACUGGAUGUACGAGAAGAUGCUGAUGGCGAGGGACAGCAGCCGAGACGAGACCCAGAAGCUUCACAAGAAAUGGCAGAAGCACCAGGCCUUCAUGGCCGAGCUGGCCCAGAACAAGGAGUGGCUGGAUAAAAUCGAGAAGGAAGGCCAGCAGCUGAUCAAGGAGAAGCCGGAGCUGAGCCCGGUGGUCCGGAAGAAGCUGGAGGAGAUCAGGGAGUGCUGGCUGGAUCUGGAGAGCACCACUCAGGCCAAAGCUCGGCAGCUCUUCGAGGCCAACAAGGCGGACCUGCUGGUGCAGAGCUACGAGAGCCUGGACCAGAGGCUGGGCCAGCUGGAGGGUCAGCUGUCCUACGUGGACCAGGGGCAGGACCUCACCACCGUCAACAAGCAGCUCAAGAAACUACAAACCAUGGAGAUCCAGAUGGAGGAGUGGUAUAGGGAGGUGGGGCAGCUGCAGGUUCAGGCUGCCUCCGUCCCGCAGCAGACGCAGGUCCAGGGCACGGUGGUGGAGCGGCAGGCCGCCGUAGAGACCAGGAUGGCCCGACUGAUCGAGCCGUUGAAGGAGAGACGGCGCCUUCUUCUGGCAUCCAAGGACGUCCAUCAAGUGGGGCGAGACCUGGAGGACGAGAUUUUGUGGGUCCAGGAACGCCUCCCUCUGGCCAUGUCCCAGGAGCAUGGCUCAUCGCUGCAAGCUGUCCAGCAGCUCAUGAAGAAGAACCAGACACUUCAAAGGGAGCUUGAGGGCCACAGGAGCAGAAUCGACGACGUCCUAGAGAGGGCGGGGAUCAUUGCCUCCAUGAGGAGUCCAGAGGCCGACUGUGUCAGGGCGGGGUACGACCAGCUGGCCCAGCUCUGGGCUCUGCUGUGGGCCGAGACGGAGAGGAGGCAGCUGGUCCUGGACGCCAUGUAUCAGGCCCAGCAGUAUUACUUCGACACAGCCGAGGUCGAGGCCUGGCUAAGCGAGCAGGAGCUGCACAUGAUGAAUGAGGAGAAGGGAAAGGACGAGCCGAGCACGCUGCAGCUGCUGAAGAAGCAUUUGCUCCUGGAGCAGACCAUCGAGGACUACGCUGAGACCAUCGGCCUGCUGUCGCAGCAGUGUCGACAGCUGCUGGAGAUGGGACAUCCAGACAGUGAGCAGAUCAGCAAGCGUCAGUCACAGAUAGACCGGCUGUACGUGUCGCUGAAGGACCUGGUGGAGGAGCGGAAGAGCCGCCUGGAGCAGCAGUACUGGCUGUAUCAGCUCAACAGGGAGGUGGACGAGCUGGAGCAGUGGAUCGCCCAGAGGGAAGUGGUCGCCAGCUCGCCUGAACUGGGUCAAGACUUUGAGCACGUCUCUGUCCUCCAGGAGAAGUUCACGGAGUUUGCAUCAGAGACGGGAAGCGUGGGGCAGGAACGCGUGACGGCCGUCAAUCAGAUGGUGGACGAGCUCAUAGACUACGGGCACUCGGAGGCCGCCACCAUCGCUGAAUGGAAGGACGGAGUCAACGAGGCCUGGGCCGACCUGCUGGAGCUCAUGGAGACCAGAGCGCAGAUGCUCGCUGCUUCACACCAGCUGCAGAAGUUCUUCUCCGACUGCAAAGAGAUUUUGGCCCAGAUAGAUGACAAGCAUCGCAGACUACCAGAAGUCCGGGCUCGGCAGGGCAGCACUUCGAACACCAGCACCCUGCAGAGACUCCUGCAGAGCUUCGAACAGGACAUCCAGCUGCUGGUCACUCAGGUGCGUCAGCUGCAGGAGAGCGCAGCCCAGCUGAGGACGGUGUACGCGGGCGAGAAGGCCGACGCCAUCGCUUGCCGCGAGCACGAAGUGAUGCAGUGCUGGAAAGAGCUGCUGACGUCCUGCGAGGAGUGUCGGCUGCAGAUCACCACCGAGACGGACAAGCUGCGCUUCUUCAGCAUGGUCCGGGAUCAGAUCAUGUGGAUGGAGUCCAUCAUCUGUCAGAUAGGCGCGGGAGAAAAGCCCAGGGACGUGUCGUCAGUGGAGGUGCUGAUGAACUAUCACCAGAGUCUGAAGAGCGAAGUGGAGGCGCGCAGCCAGAGCACGCUGGACUGUAUCGAAAUGGGGAAAAUGUUGCUGGCCGCUAGAAACCCUGCAGCUGAGGAGAUCAAAGAGAAGCUGGAAAAGGUGAUUGCCAAGCAGUGUGAGCUUUCUGAGAAGUGGGACAAGCACUGGGAGGUCCUGCAACAACUGUUGGAGGUUCAUCAGUUUGCCCAGGAGGCGAUGGUGGCGGAGGCCUGGCUGACCGCUCAGGAGCCUCUGAUCAGCAGCAAGGAGCUGGGAGCGAGCGUGGACGAGGUGGAGCAGCUCAUACGUCGGCACGAAGCCUUCCGGAAAGCAGCCGCCACCUGGGAGGAGAGAUUCAGCUCCCUGCGCCGUCUCACUACGGUGGAAAAGCUGAAAGCAGAGCAAAGCAAACUACCCCCAACACCCCUGCUGGGCCGUAAAGUCUUCCUGGACCCGCAGGACGCUUCAGCCGCUCCAACGACCCUUCCUCGCCUGCCGGUCUCCCCCGUCAUGAGACAGACGAUCUACGAGCAGAACGAAGCCAGCUCCCCUCCGUCUCCCUCGCCCGCCACCCCGACGCCGUCCCCGUCGGCCGCGGCCCGCCGACUGAGCUCGACGGUGGCCGCCUACGCCCCCGCCACCAACGGCUCCUCUUACCGGCACACCCUGGAGGCGCGGCACGGCGCGGUGGUGGGCUUCGCGGCCGGACUGGGCCAGCCGGCCGCCUCGUCCAUCGCAUCUGUCGCCACGGCGGCCAUGCUGGUGUCGGCCAAUCAGAUGCGAGAAAGCGGCAGCCCCGCCAAGGACCAGGCGCCGAAAGCGAUGAGCUACCUGCACCCGGCGCAGGCCGGCAGGGAGCAGGAGGCGAAGUCCUCGCCGUACCUGCGGCAGCCCAAAAUCAAACACCUGGACGACGCCGUGACGCCGCUGCUGGUCGCCAGUCGCCUGGAGCGAGUCAGAGAGAGGGGGCGAGAGCGGGAGAGGGCGGGCGAGAUGGCGACAGAGAGAGCGGAGGUGGCGGUGAUGGCCGAGGUGGUGCUCCAGGAGCCGGUCCGAGAGCGUCUGCACAGCGAGCCCACCAGGGGCCCCCGAGGGUCCAGGACGGACCCCCUGGGCCACGCGGAGCCUCAGGUGCAGGCGUAUCAGCGGCAGCUCUCCAGCGAGCAGCUGAUCCAGGCGCGCAGGGACGAGCUGCCCCAGGAGGUGUGGAGGGAACACGCGGAGCGGCGGGACAGGCGGACCCUGGAGAGGCAGACGUCCAGCGAACAGGAGGGCCAGGAGGGCCGGCGGAGAGAGCGGGACCGGCACCGGGUGGAGAGACAGGAGUCCAGCGACGACAUGGCGAAGGAGCUCUCAGACCGACGCUCCACAGGAGGAGAGAGGAGAACCACCAUGGCAGAGAUUGUGGAGCAGCUUCAAGAAAGAGAAGCGGCACAGGCUCGUGGUGAGGUGCCCCGCCUGCCCAACGGUCUACCAGACAAGUCUUCCCGCCUCGACCGGCCCAGAGCCAGGGACAGACCCAAACCGAGACGAAGGCCACGUCCCAAAGAGCCGGGGGAGACAACGCGCAGGUCCAGAUCUGCUCCGGCCCAGAGCAGCCAGGCGACGCCCCAACCACCAACCCACACGGCACACCACGAGGGCUUCCUUUUCCGCAAGCUGGACAUCGAGAGCAUGAAGAAAAGCACCAACAGCAGGUCCUGGGUCAACCUGUACUGCGUGCUGAACAAAGGGGAGCUGGGUUUCUACAAGGACGCCAAGAACAACACCACGCCCUACAACAACGAGCCGCUGCUCAACCUCUCCCACUGCCACUGCGAUGUCACCAACGGCUACAAGAAGAAGAAGAACGUCUUCACCCUGAAAACGAAGGAUGGCAGUGAAUUUUUGUUUCAUGCAAAAGAUGAGGAGGACCUCAAAGCAUGGGUGAACAACAUCACCGCCAGCAUAACGGAGCACGAGGAGAUUGCCAAAUGGGGUCAGCCCCAACCAACUACCUCAUCCACCGACGAAGGGACUCGGCGAGACGGCAGCAAGGUGGACAACAGGUCAGAGCGAGGCGGCGAGCGCUCUGACCGUGGAGACCGGAUAGAGCGGGCGGACAAGGAGAAGGAGAGGGAAAAGGAGAAAGAGAAGGAGAAGGAGAGGGAGAGAGGUGAACGCUCAGAGAAAUCAGAGCGGGCGGGAAAGUCGGACGGAAAGCGCUCAGAGAAGUCCAGUAAGAAAAAAUGAGCCCGGUGACUGAUUAUUUGGGAUUCAAACCACCAAACUCUGGAUGGGCAGUAGGCAGGGGCCACAGGCAGGAGGUGGAGGCCCCUCUACUUCACUCCAACACUCUCCGCCAAGCAGCUGUGUUUGGAUGGGGAGCAAGAGACUGACCCCGGCUCACUCAUAGGACGGACAGCAUGGACUAGAUUUGGGAGCAGGAGACGUCUUUUCUUUCCCUCGAGUCUAUUUCAGACCAGACCCGGUCACUGGCGCCUCUGCUGGCUGUUUUAGAGAACUGCAAAUGGCUGAAUUUUUUUAACGCAGGAGACACAAGCAUCACUUUAAUUCAAAGGCUGUUACUGGUUGCUGGUAGCGCGGUAAAACGUAGCUCAUUCUGUUCCAUGUUGGUUUCCUUUUCUAUGACAUGAGAUGUACCUGUAUGUAACUCCUCCCUGUCUGUCCUAUCUGCUGUAAGUACCUGUCUGUCUGUGAGUGGAGACAUGGCCCGCUAUCUCGUAUCAACCUGCAGAGAACGGGAGAGGAGGAAACGAUGCAAAGAGGUUAUCUCCACUUUGUUAGUGAUAAUUUAUCCGGUUUUGUUGUGUCUCCAAGCAGCGCCGUCAACACGUUCACUUAAAAGCCACCAUGGAUGAGCAGCACCAGAACAGUUUGUUUUUUGUUGAUGUGUUUUGUGUUUUAUAUAAAGGUUGAUGGUUCAAGAAACGAAAAGAGCAGAAGAGAAGUCAGUGGUAGCAGCUGUCUGUGUUUGACUUUCGUCACCUUGAUUUAGAGUCACAUGUGACAUAAAAACUACAGGUAGCGUUGGGUUCCCAGUUUGGUUUCUAACACUGAACACAGAUGCCGAUAGCUUCUUUCACAAAACACAUUCAGAACAACUCUGCCAGCAAGAUAAAGCCGCUACACAGAGUUCAUCCGAUGAUGGUGAAGUUACCAAUUCAUGGUUCUGGCUCUCGAUUAAAAGCCGGUUUCUCUAGUUUUAAGAGAUCCGGAGCACCUUGAUCAGCAGUACUUCUAAAUAAAAAGUAGGUAAAUCCCUGCUGCCUCGUGUCUCUUGGUGAAUACAGAUAUGCAGCUCUUUCGUCAAAUUCCAACUCAUAUAAUACUGUAGCUUAUUUAAGCUAAUCUCCAGCUAAGUCUGGACACUACCAAAUCUUUCUGGACAUGUCAAAAAAAAUUCUGGGCAUCCACCUGCUUAUUUGGAGACUCCAUAGCUGUGCCAAACGAGUAUUAAAUAACUAGAUCCAAGUUGGCAAACCUUGUAUGAGCCAUUUAUUAACCUGUAUACAGGUAGAAGACAAAGAUAUACGUCUCCAGUGUCAUAAAACUACAGAGGAUCCCUCUUUGAUUCUUUGUUUCUCCAUAGCAUCUGGACUUAUCAAGAUCAAGCUGCCCUGCUAACCUAAACAAUAAAUCCCCCUUCAUGACCUCGGGCUCAAAAACCCCGACUAUACUCACAGAACUCCAUAAAAUCACUCCUCCAUUAUAGGCCAUAAAGCAAUAAAACAGCUAUAAACACAUAGUUAACUUAGUCCCUUCAACAUAUUUUUAAGGAGAGGCUCACUACUAAUAGCUGUGCAUAAUAUGUACCACAUAUGUACAAACACAUGAGAGAUUUUAUGCAAGUGCAACUCAGAUUUUGCAGUAAUGACUCUAAAAUGUCAUGGUGCACCAUGCAGACGCUCUGUCUGCAUUGAUGGAGAACCACUCACUUCGGCAUGCUGAAUGCUAGAAAGCGAGGGAAACUGUGCUUGCAACAAGCUUUGAUUCACACAUGGAGUUGUUCAUCUUAGGAUAUUUUCAGAUUCUUUUGACUCUCUGGAUUUUUUGUCAAUUCAGGGUUCAUGCUAUUAAGCUACUUUUGAAUGUCCUCCAGGGGCAUGAAAAUAAAUUACAUUGCUACAGACAAGUUCCUGUUAAUCUGAGGAUAUUUUGAGUAUUUUCCGCCACAUUGAGCAUUUCUAGUAAAUUCGUUAUCCAAUAUUUUGCUUGGAUCAUAAUGCCCAAUAGAGGGCUGUCUGGGUGUUGUGCAACGUUGUAAUGAAUGCAAACUACUGUUAUUUUUAAAGAAAGAUUAUUAGUGAGAUGUCCACCUCGCAUUUCUUUCAUCGUCGCAGGACUUGGCCAGCCCAGUAAGGGAAUCAUUAACUUCCUAAAGAGGAGCCGAGUCAUUGAACCGUUCUGUGAAAGAGGCUUAAUGGAAGUUUGACUCCCCAGAGGCCUCGUUCAUUAAAAUCUAAUUUAACUAUCUUUACCAUUAAGAUCGCAGCGCUCAGAUUUUGAGGAACUGUACAGGCUACAUCUUCUAUUUUUAUAUCUAAAAAAAAAAUGUACUUGAAUGUCAUUUCGAGCUGCUUGUUUUCGUGUCAUGAAUCUCAAGUUCACUUUAUUCAUGAGCACAGAAUCUGUUGUGUUUUUUUAAUGAACAAGGUCUUUUGGGGCUGAAAACUGGCCUCCUCUGCUCUUUUGUUCUCUUGCAUCAAACUUUGGGUUGGAUUUCGGUCUUGGAUUUACUUUCCACAUGCCUGUCCUUCAUACUGAACAACGGCGAUGUCUGAAUGUGUGUGCUGCUGCUCUCUCCCAGGGUCUCCACUGCUCUCAGGUUCUGUUGAUGUGAUGAAGUUUGUCCCCUCAGACGCCACCUCAGUCUUCCAGGAAUGCUCCAUGACACUAAUCUCCUCACAUAAACCUUUUUUUAUUAUUACUUAAGUCUUUAAGACCCUCAUGGUAUCAUCACAGCUGCUUUCCCCCCCGGUCCCAAGCUCGCCCCGAUCACCACGUUGAUCUAAAAUGAUGUCUGAGAGGUCUGUCCUCAACCUUGUACUCACAAAGUCGAGAUAAAACCAACUGCAUGGUUUGUUUAUAGGACUGUA